AUGGAUCCCCUGCGCUUGAUCCGCGACUACUACGUCAAGGGGUUGCUCGAGAAAUCCACGCACGAUGACACGCACGUGCACCUCGACGAGCUCAACUCGUUCCCGCGCAAGGGCGUGACCAACUACAAAGCGAAGAUGGGGAAGGGAUACCUCACGGUGGAGGCGAUCUGGUUCUUCGCGCGCGCGCACGCGCUGAACCCGAAGGAGGCCCAUCCGCAGUACAUGGCCGCCGCGCUGAAAGCGAAAUUCGAUCGCGUGUCGCUCAUCGAGCGCAAGGAUCUCUUGGAGUACAUCACCGGGAAGGUGGACGUCUCCGCGAACGUGGACGUGACCGCGCCGGCGCUGACGGCGCCGGAGGAUGAAGACGCCGACGCGAGGGGGGGGAGGAAACGCGGCGCGGCGGGAGACGCGAUGGACGUCGACGACGACGAGAACAGAGCGCCGAUCGCGCGCACGAUGCACACGCGGAACAGCGUUUUGCAGUGCGAUAAGGACUUCAGCGUCGUGCUCGGUUUUUUCGGCGCCGCGGCGGGCGGCGGCGGCGGCGGCGACGCGACCGGGGACGGCAAGAAAGCGAAGAAACCGGAGAACAUCGCGCCCAUCAAGAGCAAUCGGUUCGGGGACGUGAAGCAGGACGAGUUCAUGAAAGAACACCUGGGCGAGGGGUUCGCGGACCUUGGGAUCGACGUCAACGCGUCGUUCUUGGACUCGAAGAAGCCGAGUCGAUUGGCGAGCGUGACGGGCGGCGGCGGCGGCGGCGCCUCGGGGCUGGGGGCGGCGUCGACGCGAAGAGACCCGAGCGAGGGCGCGAUGCCGCUGAUCAUCGUCCCCGCCGGGUACGGCAAGGCGCUGUUUAACAUGUACAACGUGGCGGAGUUUUUGGCCAACGAGAAGCUCGUGACCUGGGACAGCGUGCACAAGAGCGGGGGGAAGAAACACUCGAACAUCGUGUUCAAGCGGCGAUACAAGCGCGACCGGUCGAUCAAGUACGAGGUCACGGACAAGGCGCCGGACAAGAGAAGCCCGGACUGGGCGCGCGUCGUCGCGGUGUUCGUGUCCGGGAAGGAGUGGCAGUUCAAGAAUUGGCCGUUCCAGGGCGCGGACGACGGCGACCUCGUCGACUGCUUUCAAAAAGUGAAAGGGUUCUACGCGCAGUACGACACGGACAAGGCGGAGGACAUCAUUAAGAAGUGGAACGUCAAGACGCUGCGGUUCCAGAAGAACGUUCGGCACGGCGACCGCGCGCAGUUCGAGGCGUUCUGGGCGGACGUGGACGCGCACUUAGAGCUGCGAAGGAGCAAGCUCGCGUAUUAAUGUAAUCAGCUCUCGUUCUUAGCC